GUUAUUUUUUUUUUUAUUUUUUUUUUAUUAAUUUAUUUUUGUGUACAUAAUAACACAUCCACUUUUAUUUUUUAUUUUCAAUUAUUGUUUUUUUAUAUUUUAUAAGAUAUAAUUAAAUUUGUUGCUGUAUAUCAUAUUUAUACUCUCAUACAGGUUUGUUGUAUUUACUUUUUAUUUAUUUUUUGUUCAUAUUCAAAAUCAUAUAAAUAUACUAUAUAUAUUAAAAAGAUGGCAGUAGUUUCAGUAUCAAACUAUUUAUCAUUAUUGGAUGAAGACCAAACAGAAUUAAAAUCAUUUUCUUUAGAAAAGUUAGAUACACUUGUUGAUGAAUUUUGGGCAGAAAUCGCCUCAAACUCAAUUGAUAAAAUCAAAAAAUUAUCACAGAAUAAACAAUUCCCAAAACAUGAACUUGCAUCAUUAGUUUUAUCAAAAGUAUAUUAUAAUUUAAGUGAUUUCAGAAACUCUAUGGAAUUUGCUUUACAAUCAGGUUCAUUAUUUAAUGUACUUUCUAAAAGUGAAUAUGUCGAAACUCUUUUAUAUAAAUUUAUUGAUGAAUAUAUUAAAUUAAGAAACUUAUCAGAAAAAGAACCAAUUAAUUCACAUCUUGAAUCAAUUGUAAUGGGAAUGUUCGACAGAUGUUUCAAAGAGGGAUCAUAUAAACAAGCUUUAGGUAUUGCAAUUGAAGCUAGAAGAUUAGAUAUUAUUGAAAAAUGUAUUUCAGAAUCAGGAAAUGUACCAAGUAUGCUUUCAUAUUGUCUUCAUAUUUGUAACUCAUCAGUUGGCAAUCGUCAUUUCCGUCACAGUGUUUUAGGUAUUUUAGUUAAUCUUCAUUUAGCUCAAGAAAAGCCAGAUUAUCUUAAUGUUAUUCAAUGCUUAAUCUUUUUAGAUAAUCACAUCCAAGUUGCUACCAUUUUAUUAUCAUUAAUUAAAAAAGAUGAAGAUUCAUUAUUACUUGCUUAUCAAAUUGGUUUCGAUCUUUUCCAAAACUCAACUCAACAAUUUUUAUUAAAUGUACGUGAAAGAUUACCACAAGUUGACAAAAAAUCCACAGAAUCAAAGAGUUCAGAUAGUAUGGAUAUCGAUAUUGAUUCCGGUAAUACUGGUGAUAAACAAGAAAAAGAGCGUUUAGAAAAAUUACAUUUAAUUUUACAAGGUGAUAUUUCAAUUGGUAUGAAUUUAGAAUUCCUUUAUAGAAAUUGUAGUACCGAUAUGAACAUUUUACAAUCAAUGAAAGCUACCAGCGAACUCCACAAAGGUGCAAUCUUUUACUCUGGUACAUUAUUUGCUAAUGCUUUAAUGCAUGCUGGUACAACUAGAGAUUCCUUCUUAAGAAGUAAUCUUGAAUGGCUCUACAAAUCAACCCAUUGGACCAAAUUUAGUGCCAUUUCAUCAUUAGGUGUUAUCAAUAAGGGUCAUAUUAAAGAAAGCAAAACUCUCCUUAAAACUUAUUUACCAGGUGCUUCUGUAAAUGCCACACCAUACAGUGAAUCUGGUGCUUUAUACGCUUUAGGUUUAAUUCAUGCUUCACACGGUGAAGAAAUCAUUGACUACUUACAAGAAAAAUUACAUAUCAAUAAUGCUAUUUUACAUCAUGGUGCUUCAUUAGGUUUAGGUUUAGCUGCUAUGGCAAGUGGUAGAGAUGAUUUAUAUGAAGAUUUAAAAACAAUUUUAUAUAAUGAUGAUGCUAUUUCAGGUGAAGCAUCAGGUUUAGCAAUGGGUUUAGUUAUGUUAGGUAGUGGCUCACAAAAAGCAAUUGAAGAAAUGUUGGCCUAUGCUCAUGAAACUCAACAUGAAAAGACCAUUAGAUCAUUAGCUAUGGGUUUAGCAUUUUUAAUGUAUGGUAAAGAAGAAUCAGCUGAUGUUUUAAUUGAACAAAUGAUGAGUGAUAAAGAUCCAUUACUUAGAUAUGGUGGUAUGUACACUGUUGCUAUGGCAUAUUGUGGUACUGGCAAUAAUGAUGCUCUUAGAAAGUUACUUUCAGUUGCAGUUUCAGAUGGUAAUGACUCUGUCAGAAGAGCUGCUGUAACCUGUAUUGGUUUUGUUUUAUCACGUCAACCAGAAAAAUGUCCAAAAACUAUUGCUCUUUUAGCCGAAUCUUAUAAUCCACAUGUUCGUUAUGGUGCUGCUUUUGCUUUAGGUAUCGCUUGUGCUGGUACUGGUCAAAAAGAUGCUUUAGAUAUUCUUAAAACUUUAACAACUGAUACUGUUGGUUAUGUUAAACAAGCUGCAUGGAUUUCUAUGGCCAUGGUUUUAAUUCAAACCAGCAAAGAAUUAGUCCCAGAAGCUGAAUCUGCCAGAAAACUCUUUAAUACCUGUAUUUCCGAUAAACGUGAAGACUCAAUGAGCAAGUUUGGUGCCGUUUUAGCCUUUGGUGUUAUUGAUGCAGGUGGUCGUAAUUGUAAUAUUCAAUUACACUCUCCAUCAGGUCAUAAAAAUAUGAAUACCAUUGUUGGUAUUGCAGGUUUCCUUCAAUUCUGGUAUUGGUUCCCAAUGACUCAUUUCAUGGGCUUAGCUUUAACACCAACCUCAAUUAUUGGUUUAAAUAAAAAUCUUGAAAUGCCAGUAUUCUCAUUCAAAUCAAAUUGUAAACCAUCCUAUUUCUCAUAUCCACCAGAAAGCAAAGCAUCAACUCAAUCACAAACUAAAAAUAUUGAAACUGUUAUUCUCAGUUACAGCAGAAAGACAAAACUUCAAAGUAGUCGUAGUGCAAUGAAUAUUGACCAAGAAAUGAAAGAGCAAAAAGAAAAAGAAGAGAAAGAACAAAAAGAAAAGGAAGAUAAAGAACAAAAAGAAAAAGAAGAAAAAGAAAAAGAACCAGUCUCUGAAAGAAAACAAAAUCCUGCUAGAGUAGUUCCAAAACAAUUACAAUUUGUAGUAUUUGAUGAUUCACGUUAUCAACCAAUUAAAAAGAAUCCAGCCAUUGGUAUUGUAAUGUUAAAAGAUUUGACCCCUGAUGUCCCAGAAGAAUUAGUCACUAAAGAAAAACCAGAACCAAAACCUGAUGUUGGUCAACAAUCUGGCACUCAUCCAUCCUCUUCAGCAUCAAAUAAUACAAACAAUACUUCUUCUUCACUCCCAGAACCUUCAACCCCAGAACCAUUUGAAUUUACUGAAUAAAAAUAUUUCAUUUUUUCAUCAAAUUUUUUGUCACAUAUUUUUUCCUCAAAUAAUAAAAUUAAUAAUAAUAAUAAAUUUAAUAAUAUUCUUUUUUUUUUUUAAAAUAAAAUAAUCUAAAAAAAAUAAUAAUAUUCAUCAAAAAAAAAAAAAAAAAAACUAAUAAAUAAAAAAAAAUCCAGAUAAUUGUAAAAAAUAAGAUUCUAUUUUUGUAAUUAAAU